UUCAAAACAUGUCCAUUGGAAUCUGAACCAAUCAGAUUCGAGGGAGGGGGGAUCGGCGGAUCUCAGAUCUCUUGUUCUUCAAGCAAAGAUUUAUCCGAAAAACUCCGCCAGAUGGUCAUUUCCGGAUGGCGUCAGAGUGCCAAAACAACUCCGAGCUGCUGUUAUGAAGGUUUUCUUCGUUUGCUCUGAAAAUUCUGGCGACGAUUGGAAAACAACAAGGGACAUGCCUUGUAAGCAGUAACAUUUUCACAUUGUUGGAUAUAUGAAAAGCAUCAUUUCAAAUAGAGACUGAUCACAUCAUCAAGAUUUCAACACCGGGAAAAACUGGCCCAACUGGCGACAACUAAACAGCUCGUCUGAUGUACAUUUAAACUUUUCCAAUAAUGUUAUUUCAGAACUGCCAGGCUUAUGGAGAACAAGUUCAGUACUUCUAUAACAAAACUGGGAAGCCUAUUUCAUCAAACUGGCGCACACAUGACUUUGUGGUGGUUGGACUUGGGAUCCCGAUUUGCCUCUUUAUUAUUCUUGCAAAUAUGCUGGUAAUAGCUGCCAUCAUCAUCAACCGACACUUUCACUUUCCCAUUUAUUACUUACUUGGGAACAUGGCAGCUGCAGACCUCUUUGCCGGAAUCUCCUAUCUAUAUCUUGUGUUCCAUACUGGGCCAUGGACUAUCAGUUUGACAGUGAAUGAGUGGUUUGUUCGUGGAGCUUUAAUUAAUAUGAGUCUUACCGCAUCUGUGGUCAACCUGUUGGCUGUCGCUGUGGAGCGUCAUAAGACCAUUUUUACCAUGCAGCUCCAUAGCACCAUGACCAAGCACCGUGUGGUUAUGCUGAUAGUUACUAUAUGGUUGGUGGCAAUCGUCAUGGGCCUGGUGCCCGUGAUGGGCUGGAACUGUGUUUGUGACCUGUCCACCUGCUGCACUGUAGCUCCACUUUACUCCCGGAGCUUUCUAAUAUUCUGGGCUCUUCUCAAUCUCCUGGCCUUCUUCAUCAUGGUGGCGGUGUACACCCACAUAUUCAUCUAUGUCCGCCGCAGGAGCCAACAAAUGUCUCCUCAUAUCGAUCAGCCCUCGAAUAAUCAGACCGUCAUCAGCCUUAUGAAGACCAUGUCCAUGAUUUUGGGUGCAUUUGUGAUCUGUUGGACACCAGGUCUGGUAAUUCUCUUACUGGAUGGUCUUAGUUGUGCGAGCUGUCAGGUUCUUAAAUAUGAGAAGUACUGCCUGGUUCUGGCCGAGUGUAACUCUUUAGUGAACCCCAUCAUCUACUCGUUUCGUGACAAGGACAUGCGGACCACCUACAAACACGUUCUCUGCUUCCCUUGGAGAAGAAUGCGCCAGCAUGAGGGGCCUUCUGGCAUCCGGUUUGAGUCUGAGAAAAACGGCAAUAACUCCACGAAUUUAGAGCCUUUUUCUGAACAAAGCCCAUUGUCUUUAUAGAAAAGUAUUUUUUUGUGUAAAUAAAUGACUUUGCAUCUGAUUAGUUAAAUGAUCACAGUGUACAAAGAGUAAAUAAAACAUCAAUUUUUGAUAGUU